AUGUGCAACGACGGUGGUGCAGCCAAGAUGGCGUUCGCCGAGCGGAGUACGCUGUCGGGCAGGAACGCGUGAGGGUAAGAGAGGAAGAAAAAAUGCCACGGGGUGCCGUCGACGCUUCGCGCGGGGUGCUCUCGUGAGGAUCGGGCCCUCGGGAGCAGUGCGCGAUACUCCGUGAUACUCGGCAUUAACCUAAGUGUGGUUGCGCGCGAGGACUUGCGGCGCGACACGGCGUGGUGAGGUGCGGUACGGCGCGACGCGGACGGGGGUCCUCACCUCCUCCUCCCCCUGCCUCGCAGGCUGGCAUGGAAGCGCGACCCGGUCGUGCGACCGAGCUCGUUGCACGCGAGGGAACGACGACGCCGUGACAUCGCUCGGUUACGAGAUCACUCGGCGUCUGAGGAUCAGACGCGAGCUACACCGGCCAUGGCGUCUGUCGCGCGCGCGUGAUUGCCGAUCAAGCGGUUGAUUGAGAAAUAAAGUAAAGCGAGAAAGAGGGUGAGAAGAACAUCGGGACGCAUCUACGACGGCGGUGAUAGGGAACGAUGAUGAAGUAUCGGAGACUCAUCGUGUAUAUAUAACUACUCACCAUCGUCACCGUGGGUUUCCCUGGAUUAUGCGUGUCGAUAUGCGAACGGAAUGUUUCGAUUAUACAAUUCACGUGUACGAUGUCGUAUCCUUGGACUGAAUCAGUUGUUCAACGAACAGUGUAAUCAAUCAGUUUUUGAUAGAAAGCUGUGAGAGGAUACUCUGUUGAGCAAAGAGUUGAAAGUGGAAAUGUGUUAAAUGACAUGUAAUGUUAAUGUGUUAAGCUCAAUAGAUACAAGAGUCAUGUUUAAACGUGUGUGAGACAUUCCAUGAUAUGAUAUAUUGCAAUAAGAUAUACAUUGUGACUUAAUGGACAGUGCACACCAUGUCUAAUAGUCUGGACAGUUUUCUGACACGUAUCGGGGACGUCACAAUCGAACGUGUGACUCCUCGUGGAGGCUCUAAGCCCAGUGAAACAAAUAUGAUGACGAAUGAGACUGCAACCGGUGCAAACAUAAAUACGGAGCCGCAGGCGACCAAUGACGAAAGUUCGGAUGAGUCGAGCGGCGAAACAACAGACGGAGAGCAGGAGAAGAAACUCGACGCUUUACAGUCCGAGGAAAUAGAAGAGAUACGCUCCGAGGGUUCGGGGGACGAUAUGGAUCUGGACGAAACGAUCGACUCGCAGAUCGGUGUUAGAAUAGAUUCAGACAGGCAGCAACAUCAUCCGUCUCAAGAAGAGGAUGAUGAAGAACAAGUUAACAUCUUGGACACUUUGCCAUUAGAAGGAGCGCCCAUAGAAGGCCAGGAAGUGUCCGAGGCCGAUUUACUAGGAAAACCGAUAUCGAAAGAUUCGGAGGAUGAGGAGAGUAUGGAUAACGAAAAGGCGGAUGGACACUCCGCGGAGGAGGAAGGCGCUGAUAGUAACAAGAGACAUGCGGAUUCCGAUCAUUCCGACAGCGCGAAGAAAAAAGCGAAGAAGGAAGAUAGUAAUACGGAGGGUAGUACGUCAGAAUGCGAGUUGAAGUCGGAAAAGAAAUUGGCUAACAUGCGGAGGAAUAUCCGGGAAGUGAUGGACGAGGCGCAACUUGAUGAGGCUACGCUCUCCGCUCAGAGACAGGAAAUGGAGCGUCUCAGGCGAGUGCAGGAGCAACAGAGAAUCAUCCGCGAAGUGCAGCGUCAGAUAGCAAUUAACAGAGCGCAGAGCAACAAGGCGCAGACACGCGUUAUCAGCCUUUUACAGGCAAAGCAAAAUCAGGCUGGCACUACCAUGCUCUCGCAGUCAUCUCCGUCGUCGUCAUCGUCGACUACGUCGUCCACCCAGGUUCGUUUGCCGAGUACUGUGCUUCUGAAAGUAAACUCUGGUUCUGGUACGGGCGUUCAGACUACUCAGACAUCCGGAAUGCAAGCGGGACAGAUUCAGAGGAGAUCGGUGGACAGUGGGAUGCGUUGGCAGAAGGGUAGAGGCGGUUACCAAGGAGCGCAGACGUCUAUCUCGCGAGUUCCGAAUCGCUCUGGUGCGCCCAAUAUGCUGCAGCAAAGGAUUCGCAUGAUGACACCAUCCGUGAGCAUAUCGCCAGUGGUACCUAAGAAGGAGCCGAUGGAUCGUACGGAGUAUUAUUCCGACUCGGAGAUAUCUGAUGUGGAAGCUGAGGAGAUGAUACGCGAAAAGCAAGUACACGCGAUGCGGAAGACGCCUGGCGUGCCCAAAUAUCAGAGGCCACCUAAGGGCAAAGAUGUAGUGACGAUAUCCAGUUCGAGUGAGAGUUCAGAUGACGAUUGUAUAGUCUUGAGCGAUCCUAGCGGUGAAGAGGAGACCGAUAACGAGGACGAUCCAUCUAAUUCUGGCAUGCACACCAACGAUCGGUACAAUGUACCGGACGAGCACGGGCGGGUGUUAAUAAAUGUUGGCCAUCCUGAGACCGAACCGGACGUGUUCCUGGCACCGCAAGUAGCCCGCAUCAUUAAGCCACAUCAGAUCGGUGGUAUACGCUUCCUUUUUGACAACAUCAUCGAGACUAUUGAGAGGUACAAAACCAGUAGCGGUUUUGGCUGUAUACUCGCCCACAGCAUGGGAUUGGGCAAGACUCUCCAGAUCGCCAGUUUUUGUGACAUUUUUUUUCGAUGCACCACUGCCAAGACUGUCCUCUGCAUCAUGCCCAUAAAUACGCUCCAGAACUGGCUAGCGGAGUUUAACAUGUGGUUGCCGUACGAAGAUCCUGCUACUAUUGUCGAGAAGCAAUCUAAAGCUACAAAUGUCAAGAUAGAACCCGGAAUGGAUAUGAAACACGAGAUGAAAGAAGAAAGUUGCGGUAAUCAGAGUGAUAUAUCCAAUAUGUCGCGGCCUAUCAGCACGGAAUCUGCGCAUCGUUUCGGCCAGGACACCGCAUCACAACAACCAAUGAAUGUCAUGUCCGAGAAUCCUUACGCGAAUCCUCAUCAUGGUUAUGAACCGCGUAACAUAAUGUCGGGGAGUUAUAUGCAGGAUUCUACUAUGAUGAAUAAGAACAUAACUGAGCCGCGUGCGCCGCAUAUGCCGCCGAAUUAUCACCAGGGCGAGAUAUCGCAAAAUCCCUUGUAUAACGCGAAUCCGAAUUCGCUUCAUAAUUUCCCCGAUCCAAUGAAGUCCGAUCCAGUAAAUUGCCAUAGUAUGCCGCCCGGACAGAAUAUGACGGGACCAAAAUUCGGUAUGGAGCAUCAAGCUAUUGGUGUUAUGUAUCCCGGUAUAGAGAAUCGAUCACAGAGUAAUUCCAUAUAUCCUGAUAUGGAGAAUCGAAACGUUGCGACGAUGUAUCCGGGCAUGGGUGAUCAUCAUUCUGCGCCGAUGUAUCCAAACUACAACAACACUUCUGGCACUUUUGCGAGUUACGGCAGUCAGAUUAAUCAACAUGAGUUGGAACAAGAACCGAAGAGGGAGAAUAUGCUGUCAGGAGGAAUGCUGCCGUCUCAGAACGCGGAGGUGAACGUGAAGAAGGAACCGGAAGAGAUCAUUAAGAAAGAAGAGAGUACGUCGACAACGAAGGAGGAGUCGACGGAGGAAAAGAAGGAGACAAUUGAGAAGGUGAAGACGCCAUACAGCGUAAACACGCCCAUUGGCAUGGAAGUACGCCCGAGGCACUUUCAUUUGCAUAUUCUGAAUGAUUCGCAUAAAACCAUGACGGCGAGAGCGAAGGUGAUCCAAGAAUGGCAAUCGUCUGGCGGCGUUCUGCUGAUAGGCUACGAGUUGUACAGACAAUUGUCUUUGAAGAAGCCCAAUAAGGCGAAACGGAAACGCGGUCAACCUUUCAAAGAUACCGUGGACGUAGAAGAGGAGGAUAAGAACAAAGGUUUGCUGGAUGAAAUGCAUACGGCUCUUGUGAAUCCUGGACCAGAUUUGGUAAUCUGCGAUGAAGGUCAUCGCAUUAAGAACUCGCAUGCUAGUAUCAGUAUGGCAUUGAAGCAGAUGCGCACGAAACGUAGAGUUGUUCUGACCGGUUAUCCGUUGCAGAAUAAUCUCCUGGAAUAUUGGUGUAUGGUGGAUUUUGUGAGACCGAAUUAUCUGGGUACCAAGAGCGAAUUUUGUAACAUGUUUGAGAGACCGAUUCAGAAUGGCCAAUGUAUUGAUUCUACACCGCAGGAUAUACGCUUAAUGCGGUAUCGCGCGCAUGUUUUGCAUGCUUUAUUGGAAGGUUUUGUGCAGAGGAGAUCUCACUCUGUAUUGCAGAUGUCAUUACCCCGCAAGGAAGAAUAUAUUCUCCUCAUCAGAAUGACGACUCAUCAACGUAAAUUGUACGAUACGUUCAUGAAUCAAGUAGUGAAAACGCGCGCGGUGCCGAAUCCGUUGAAAGCUUUUGCCGUGUGUUGCAAGAUCUGGAAUCAUCCAGAUAUUCUGUACCAUUUUCUUCGCAAACGUCAGGCAAACGAGGAGGACGAUUUGGACUUGGAGGAGACGAUUGGAGAGAAAUCUACGGCGGGUGGCAAGAAAUCUAAAGCGCGUCAGUCAAAAGGUGAGUCGAAGAAAUCCAAGAAAGCCACGAUAAAGAACAAGCCCGCAGCUAGCGUACAACCGAAUGCUUCUUCGUCAUCCAGCAACGAUAACGCGGAAGCUGAGAAUGCACACAAUACUCCGAAGCAAAAUAAUUAUACUAAUUAUCCGAUGCCAGUUUCCAACUCGGGAUAUUCCAACUCUAUGCACCAGGGAUCUUAUCCUCCUCAUAAUUAUCAGAACUAUCGUCCGAACGAUCAAAGCACAUACUAUAGGAAUGAUAAUAACAAUCAUGGCGAAUAUAAUCAUGGAGAGUUUUAUAAUAAUCAAGGACAACAGAGAUAUGGUAAUCAACCAUUUCAGUCGUAUACUCAAACAUCGGGUUAUAAUACGUCGCAGGGAUACGCCAAUCAGUCGCAAAAUUACAUGCAGUCGAACGAGCAGUCGACGAAUCAUCCUCAGAGAUACAGCGGUGCAGCGGCUGGAUCUGACUUCAGAUCAGAUCAAAAUCAAGGAAAUAAUUACGAAGCACCGGGAAUGUUUCCGCGGCAAAGUUAUCCUUAUCAGGAUCAGCAGCGUAAUUAUACGCCAAAUUUGAAUCAAGGGCCUAGCAACUAUUCCCAGGUAUCCAAUCAGUCCUCUUUUCAGGCUCAGAUACCGAAUCAGUCUGCGAAUAUGCCGAUGACAGAUUACUCGUCAUACGGCACGAAUCAGAAUCAAAAUUACACGCCGACGCCGGCCCAGACGAAUCCAAUAUAUCCACGAAACGAUGCGCAACCACUGCAGAACUCGGCGAUGGGCUAUUCUGUAUCACAACAAGGUCAGCCUCCGACUCAGAAUCAAACUCAAACUACCGGUUAUCUGUUGCCGCCGCAGCAGGGUCAGAAUACAUCACCCGGUCAAAAUCGAGGCUUCUCGCCGAACCAGCAGAAUCAACAGAACCUAAGCUUGCAGACUCAAUCUCAUUCAUACACUGGCCAGCAAUCUCAGGGCAUGUCUCUUCAAAAUCAGUCGCAUCCUUAUUCUACGCAGGUGAAUCCAACUCCGCCACAGACUCCGCAGCAUACGUUCAAUCAGGCAUCAGCGACUCCGAUGCCGCAGGCUUCAUCUCACGGUUACAUACAAUCGAAUCAACCAAAUCAGGGACCUGUGACGCAGAGUUCAAUGCGUGGCUAUACCCCAGCACCACCGGGUCAAAUGAACGUGGCGCAAAAUCAGUCCAAUUAUCCGGCCAAUCAGCCUGCGCAAAACGUCAACGCUCAGAAUCAGACGCAUAGGUAUCCUCCGGAUCAGCAAGGUUCGGCCUCGAAUCCGCAGAAUGCGGUUCACGCAGGAUACGGGCAUCAUAUGGUGUCUCAAGCCACAGCUUCCACUCAAGCAACGCCGUAUCCUCAGCAGAAUCAGCAGAGUCAGCAGAGUCCGGCGCCGCCGUCUAAUCAGACCCACUCUGGUUAUUCGUCGAAUCAUCCUGGCACGAUGCCGCAGAUUCCCGCUGCUCAUCGAUACGGCACAGCGCAGCAGACGCAGGUGGCUCAGAAUCAGACUAUAACCCAAUAUCCAUCGAAUCAACAACAACAAUCCAAUCCGUCAUUAGGUCCAAACGAUCAACUUUACUCUAGACCGGACGUGGCAGCGGUAUCGCAGCAAACGCAAGGUUAUGCUCCAACUGCAAACGAAUUUUCGAAUGAUCGCUCGGGUGGAAGUACUGCUAGCAAUUCCGGCAACAAUUACACCGUCAACCAACCGCAAACACAGAAUCCCGGUAUGCCAAGUUAUUCGUCGGAUGGUUCGAACUCGGCGGCGUCGGUCGGGCAGAUGAAGAGCGCGGAUGAUCCCUAUUGGCAACGUAACUACCCGCAAACGUUCCGGCCGGAUCAGCAGUGCAACGACUCGUAUUAUAGAGAUCAGAUGAAUCCGGGCGUGAAUCGUUAUCAGAACAAUUACUUUUCGCCGCAAAAUUAUCCGAAUCAAUCGUACGAUUACGCUAAUCACAGUUCAGACAUGAACCCACGGCCCGAUGAGUCUGCGAAAACUUCUCAGCAAUCCGGUGCUCAUCCUCCACCGUGUGAUAAAAGCAAUAAAGACAUGACAUCCAGUAUUGGCGUGCAAAGUCAACCGAUGCAUUCGAAUAAUUUCACUGGCGCGCUGAAUUAUCCCGCGGAAUCGAAUCGCCAGAGUUCGGCGACUCCUGCACCCAGACAAUCGGGACAGGGGAUUAAUUCAGCGAAUAGUCCUCGAUUGAAUCAGAGCGAAUUAUUAAAGGAGGAUGAGAGGGAGAAAGAAGAUCAACUGGAAAAAGAUAAAGAGGACAAAUCUGAUGACGAGAUUCUCACGAAAGACGAGGAAAAAGAUUGCAAGAGUUCUCCUAUUGGGAAGGAAGAUCCUGGAAUUCCAUACGAUUGGGCGACAGAGUUGAUGAAGAACUAUAUACCCGGAUUGAUAGACGCGUCCGGGAAAAUGGUUAUCUUCUUUUGCAUCCUCGAGGAAGCUAUUAAACUGGGAGAUCGUGUGCUCGCAUUCUCGCAGUCGCUGUUUACAUUGAAUCUCAUAGAAGACUUUUUAGCGCGAAAUAGCUUAAAGUAUCCAGACGGACAGACUGACGCUUGGAUUAAGAAUGUGAAUUAUUAUAGAUUAGAUGGAAGCACCAGUGCUUUAGAGCGCGAGAAACUAAUCAACGAAUUCAACAAUAAUCCAAAGAUUCAUCUAUUUCUAGUUUCGACACGGGCAGGUUCACUGGGUAUUAAUCUCGUCGGUGCGAAUCGCGCGAUCGUAUUCGAUGCUUCCUGGAACCCGUGCCACGAUACGCAAGCUGUGUGUAGAGUCUAUAGAUAUGGUCAGCAGAAGCCGUGCUUCGUUUAUCGAUUAGUUACUGAUAAUUGUCUGGAGAGGAAGAUUUACGACCGACAGAUUAGCAAACAAGGUAUGGCGGACCGGGUAGUCGAUCAGUGCAAUCCCGACGCGCAUCUUUCGCUGAAAGAGGCGACGACAUUGUCGUGGGAUUGGGAGGAAGACAGUCAAGUACAAGAUUUCUCGCAGACUAAGGAUAGCUACACGGACGAAGUUAUGCAUUGCGUGCUAGAACGCCAUUCUUCAUUGCUAACCAAGCAACCAUUUCAUCACGAGAGUUUGCUUGUUGAUCGGAAAGAUAAAAAGCUCAGUCAGGCUGAGAAGCGAUUGGCUCGUCGCGGCUACGAGCUUGAGAAGAUGGCAGCUAAUUGUUCAAGGCCAAGUUAUAACUACGUUCCAGGAAAUACAGCCACGCGAGCAGGUGGAUUACAAAUCAGGGCAAUUCGUGGUGGUGAUGGAGGAGGAACCACGCCGAAACCUGUUGCUUCUGUGAGACCGAUGCAACAGCGAGGCGCUGAAGGAUUAGGUCCGCGAAAUGUAACUGGUAGCAGAUGGAUUCCGGCAGAAGUGUGGCAAAGGCAAGGAAUGAGCGCGCAAGAGAUGACGCUACCUUUGGAUGUGGUUAUCCCGACCAAUUCUCCGGACAAAGGAAGUAUCGUUCUGAAAGCGGGACAACGGGUAAUGGUGCUGAAGAGUCCGAAAGGCAUUUAUAUGCAACUCGAAUCCGGCAAAAUUAUAGCGAUUCGCACUGCGCUUAAAUUGAAUCAACAAAAGCGGGAAGAGGAGCCGAAGAAAGGUGUUUCUUCGAUGAUACAGAGGAAUUCUAAAUCUGAAGUUGGUUUCCCCUUACGAAAUAACUCCGCCAUUUCCAUAAUACCUAAAUCAUCUUCGAGUAACCAGACUGGUAGUCGACUUCCCAGUAAACCAUUACCGGGUCCGGGUUAUAAGCCAUUCGGCGAUAAAGAAAUUUCCAAGAGACCGAAACCGGUCGCUACAGCGGCUGCCAAACCUUAUCUGAGUCAAGUAAACCUAACUAACCAGGUUUCUCUGUCGAGGUUACCGAAAGUGAAACAAGAGCCGGUGGAUCAUUCCACACUCGGAGACAACUCCAAUUCGUCCGACGGUCAACUGAGAACCGAGCAACGAGUCGAGGAAGUUAGAUUGGAGGACGUAGUGGCCGAAGUGAGCUCGAACACCGAAUACAGUCCGUCUAAUCAUACUCGAACCACCAAUUCGGAUACAGACACUUCUUUGCCGAAAUCUUCCGAAGAAGGUACUCAGGUUUAUACACCUGAUACUAUCUCUUUAGCGCAAAGCGUGCAGACACAACACGAUCAACCUGAAGCGGAACUGACGUCGACCGUUGACAAACAAUGUUCACCGCCGGAGAAGGAACCUUCUAAGCCAGACACAUUAACAAAUUAUGGUCGGUCUUUUCAUAGCCAGACAGAAAAGCGAGAUACUUCCAAUGACGAUAUUAUCAUCGAGGAAUCACCGCAAGUGACGCCACAAGUCGCGACGCAAACGCACAUGACCACUCUCGGAUCGAUGCCACCAUCCUUGUUAACACCGUCACCAGUAUCGUCGGCCGUGUCGGUACCAUCAACCAUGUCGAUGCUACCGAGCAUUGCAGUAACAUCAAACAUGUCAAUACCGUCAAGUAUGCCGUCAAGUAUACCAUCGAGUAUAUCGUCGAGUAUGCCAUCGAAUGUGCCAUCAAGCAUAUCAUCGAGCAUGGCGUCGACUAUGCCGAUAUCAUCGAGUAUGUCGUCGACUAUGCCGACACCAUCGAGCAUGCCGAUGCCACCGUCGAUGCCGCCAGUUCUAUCUGUACCUGUAAGGGGCCCGGAAACACAUAAAAGCAGCGCUGAUUCAUCCGUCGUUGCAUCAUCGACUAUCUCAGUGUGCACUAGCACUAAUAUUACUUCUCCGAAGAACGUCGAAUCGACUCCGAGUAUGCGAGACAAUGUGAUUCAGGGAGAUCCAACAACGCCGAAUGUACCCCAGGGGUAUCCUUACGCCCAAUAUCCAAGAUACUAUGACUACAGUGAUCCACGAUCCCGCUCACUAUCCAAUCCUUAUGGCACUUACUUUCCCAGUGUUCCACCACACACAGCGAAUCCCAGCAGCAGACUGCCAAUAGACACGACGAAGCCUCAGCCGGAUCUAGGAAAGCCUACGGACGAGAGGAACGUGAUGAACGUGCCUACUGCUUACUCUUCUCAAGUACCGAGCAUUACUGCCAAAACGCUAACGAGCAACUCCGCGACGGAGUCUAAGGGUACAGACACCGCAGCAGCCGUGACCACCACGGUGGCCUCCUCGAGUAGAGAUGAGACUGCGCAUAUACCUACCGCGUUUAGUCAUCCUACUAGCACGCGCUAUCCAGGGCCGUAUCCACCGGGCCCGUACGAUCCAUACUCGCAGCAUUAUCCACCGGCGCCUGGCUCUUCAGCAGCGUAUCCUCCAGGAGCACCCGGUUAUCCAGCAUACGGUGGACCGAGUUACAACACGGAUUACGCUCGUAUGUAUUCGGCGUUUCAUGGUCCACCACCUCCGACGGAUCCCUACAUGCACAGAGGAUACGCCCCUCCCUCCUCGCAUCCCCCUAAUUACUAUUCGCCGUUCCCGCAUCCUCCGCCACCCUAUCCCAACUAUUCUUUCCUGCCGUAUCCGAAUCCCAAUAUGUCGAGCGAGCCUCAACCACCCGCUCAGUAGGGAAGCAACGCGUUUAAGGAUAAUCCUAGGUUAAGGAUAAUGAAGAGCGAGGAAGUUAUCGCAAAACCGCGGCUCCGAAGCUUAAUAGACUGAAGCUGUAAAACGCAUCGAUGUAAAUAUUUAGUCACAAAUAUUGAGAUAUUAAGAAGAGAUGUUUGAAUUGUGGAGAUUAUUGGAGUAGUUUGCGAUAUUGAUAUACAAGAUGAUCGAGAAGGACGAGCGUAAUCGCUGUAAUUAACAUUGAACCGUGCAAUCUGUUAAGCUGUUUAGAAUAUUUUAACUUGGCUGACAAUGGCCAUUUUUGCGAUGCGUUCUUUGUUCACUAGUUAACUUCACUGAAAAAAAUGUACCCGUUGAACGGUACAAAUCACUCCUUUAUUUGAUCCACCGGUCUCAUAAGGACGAUGUCAAGUAAGAUUUUUUACAAAUGCUUAGACUAUGCGUCUUAGAUUGCAAUAUGUUUCACGCUGUAACUGCAAUCAAUUGCGUCCCCGUGGUUUUUUCUACUUUUUGUACUUGCAUGGUGUCAUUUGCCGAAUUAGCCUUUUGUCAAUAGCCUCUUAACAUUGGAAUUGAUAAGUUACUGACGGCGUAUAACUUUGGGAAGAUUGAAGGUGUAAAUUGUAUGAUUAAAGGGUGAAAAGCGUUGUAUACUAUCAUUUAGCUUCAUGUGUUACAUUCAGCCAUUUAGCUUAUUUUUAUAUAACUCAUGUAAUAAAGAGGGGGAGAGAGUCAUUCCAGCAGAACAAAAUUCUCAUGACUGACGACACGCAUCCAAUUACAUAAAACUGAAUCUUACAAAUUAAAAAUGAUAACGAUAUAAAACAAAGUUAUGAGAUUUUGAGUUUAUAUCUUUUUUUUUUAAUGACUCGAUUAUAUGAUAUUAAUCAACAAUGUUUUACGUUAAGACUAAUAUAUUAAGGAAUUAAAUUUAGUGUUUUUGUAAUUUUUUUUCAGAUGAUUUUUAGUUUGUUACUACCUGAGAUUCUUAAUUUUUAAGAGUGACACAUAUAAAGAAUACACACUUCCAUGACAAAUCCUUGACGAGUUUGAGAUGAAUCGACUGAUCCCCCUCGUAUGGUACGGCAAGAAUAAUGAAUUUGCAAGCUAUAUGAACUACUUGAAACUAUAUUAUAAAAUGCAGAUAUUCGUUGAGAAAUAUUCACGUGCAUGAACUGUAUUAUAAUGUACUUGUGCAGUGAGAUGUUUUUUCUAUUCUAUCACAUGAUGUACUUUAUGUAUUAUAGCGAUACAUUUGAUUGUUACGCAAUUCUUGGCGAUUCAGUGACUAUAUUCUGACAUUAUUUGUCUAAAGAUUUGUUUUGUACAUAACAUGCGUUCAUUUAGAAAAUAUGGUUUUUGUUUGAGCUAUAGCUGUAGUUUUAAUACGAAACAUUUUUUUCAGAUUUUUUUUAUUUGAUAAUUUUUUUAUUAAAAAAAAAAAUACAUCUUGUAUUUUUUCAAAUGGAAUUAUUAUUUGAUUCAAAAGAUUUAAAAAAUUUUUUCGAUACCUAUUUGAAAUUCUGUUUUAAAUAAUAUUUUUUCUCAUGCGAGAGCAAUGAAUCGCAAAGAAUAAAAUUGGUUUGCAUUGUGCAUCAUUCUUCCGUAAAUCUGAUUUUUACGAUGCGCAUCAUCGUCUUUUCUCUUUUCUCAUUGAGCGCCGAAAUCAAUUGCUAUUCUCCGUGGCAUAUGUUACGCCGCGUCUACAUGUCAUCUCGAAUCUUUUUCCAUUUACAUACAUUUACACGCGUAACAUAAGUACAUACAGUAUUCACCUGAAACAUUUAGCAGUCAGUAAAUACAGUCUACAGCAUCCCUAGCAAGUUGUAUAUGGAUUGCGUAUUAUACUAUUAAUCGUUACGGUUUCCGAAAUAGAUAAUCUUACAGUAGAGCGUAGGAUUGUUGUUAAAUAGAAUGUCUCUUACGAUUAAAAAGAAAAAAAAAGAAA